AUGAUUCGUCAAUCGUUAAUUGAUGAACGUCAUAGUGAUUUAGCUCUAUCGGAUUCUACAAACCGUCGUUUACAUCGUAUAACAGCGUUUGGAGAUAAAAAUCCUUCACAUUUACAUAUAAGGAAAAACAAUCGUUUAAUUAAUAAUAACAAUACAAAUGAUCAACAAUCACAGGAGACAACAGACUCUUCGCCUUCUAGUCAAUAUUAUGAGCAGCAAUCUGACUUUAGUCCGUUUAGUCCAAGUAUCGAUCCUCGUCAAAGAAUAGAUCAUUUAGAACGAAAUAUAAAAUAUAUUCAACAACAGCACGAGCAAACUUUGCAAGAUUUACAUCAUGAAGUAGACAGAUUACAGCAAGAAAACAGAGAUCUACAUUUUCAUCUGAUAAAUAUUCGACCAUCUUCGAGAAAUAAUAACUCGGAUGUUUUAUCACAAAUAACAACAAUAACGGCAAAUGGAACGGUGGAUCGUAGUCGAACGAAAGCAAUGGGAACAACAACAAGAGCACCAACUGUGGCUCAAAUGGCUGAUUUAUCUAAAUUGGAAACAAAUUUAGAAAAACGUUUACAAGAAGUGCAACGGCUGUAUUUUGAAAAACAAAUUGAAGAAUUGAAACAAAAAGUAGUUGAACUGGAACGAAAAAAUGAAUAUUUAGUGAGAACAAUUGAUGAUUUAAAAAAACGAACUGUAGCAGUUCUGUCAGUACCGCCAACGGUGACAUUUCAACCAUCGCCACCACAACCAUUAUUUCCAGAAAUUCAAGAUACACAAAUGGUACCGAUAACGCAUAAUAAAUUAUUCUCACCAGUUAGUUUAUCAUCGAUAACAAGUCUUGAUCCAUUACAAGUGACAAUUGAACCAAAUUCUGUUUCACGUGAGCCAACACCGGAAGAAUGUAUACAAUUGAUUAGAGUAGCACAUGAAGCAUAUAAAAACCAAGUACAAGAGAUAUCGGUGAUGAAAGCUAUCUUGAAAGAAUUAUUACGUAAUGAGCAUUUAAGUUUAACUUCUCGAACAUUAGUUCGUGAUUGUUUAGCUGCAAGUACAUCAUCGGAUAUAUCAUUUAGUCAAAAAACAGCUCGAUUUGUUCCUAACGAUGGUCUUAUCAAACGACAACUAUCAUCAAGUAGUAAACGAACAACGGAUUAUCUUCAUGCUAGACACCUAGUUAAACAAAAAGAAGAACCCCCGAACACCCGUCCAUCAGAUCGCUUGAUUCUUCCACCUAUUCAACAAGGUUCGACACCAAUUCAUGAAUCGCCACUUCAUCAUCACCAUCGCAAAUCUGAUACUAAUACAGAUAAUUCACAAUCAUUGAACAGUUUACUUAAUCAAUCGAUCCAACAACAACAAGCUAAUUCGCGAUUUAACGAAACAACAGUAGCCAGACGCGAAAGACGAACACAAGAAUUACAGCGAAUACGUUUAACAAGGAAUCUUUACCAUUAG